AUGGAUUCCUGCUCUACUAAAUUCUAUCGUGUAGAUGGCUAUGACUCUAGAGAGACUCUGGAAUCAUAUUUUUCUAACAAAGAAGAAAUGAUCUUUGGAGAUGAUUCACUUAAAUUUCCAGUGGAGAAUUUAUUCCGUACUUUUAAUGAGGGUUUCAUUAAGGGCGACCUUUUGAUUGACGUCAGUGGUGGAUCCAUCAUUCAUCAUCUCUAUUCAGCCAGUGGAUGUUUCAAACAGAUCUGCGUGCUGAAGUGUGCUGAUAAAUGCAUCAUGGAACUGAACAGAUGGAUUCACAAACAUACAGGAGCAUUUGAUUGGUCUCACACAUUUUUACAUAUUAAAGCCCUAGAAGGAAAAAGUGACCUGUUUCAGGGCGAAGAUAUUACGUUAAAGACAGCAAUUGCAGACAUCAAGAAAUGUGACUUUGAAAAAGAAAAUCUGACAGACCCGGAGGUGCUACCAUUAGCAGACUGUGUGAUCACUGUGUGGCUGCUGGAUCUCAUCAGCAAAGACCAAGAUGAUUAUAGAAAGAAUUUCAGGAAAAUUGUGAAGCUACUGAAACCUAAAGGAAACCUGAUAAUAAUUGGGCUUCUGAAUACAACUUAUAUGAUGGUUGGGCAGGAAAAGAUACAUGUGUUCAAAUAUGAUGAGAACUUUGUUAAACAAGUUCUCAAUAAUGAAGGGUUUGUUAUUGAUUGCUGGGCAUCCCAGAAAAGAUCUCCAGUGAGUGACCGUAUUGACUAUGAUGCAGUUUUAUAUAUUACAGCUCACGGAAACAUUUAG